AUGAAACUAUUAUUAUUUGUUGCCUUGUGCUUGUAUUUUGGUGCCGUCGCAUCUCAAACAGACACACCAUUAGAUAUAUAUGUAAAUACUCCAGAUCCAACAUACCAAUGGACUCUCAAUGGUACAGUUCACGGUGAAACCUACACUGGUUAUGUUUUGGAAUUGACAUCACAAACAUGGAUGACAGAAGCCAAUUCAAGUAGACCAGUAUGGAAGCAUUGGCUUUCAAUUUGCGUUCCAAAUCAAGUAAAUUCAGACAAAGCAUUUAUUUAUAUUGAUGGUGGUAGCAAUGAAAACUGGAAGACUCCAUCUGAAAUUGAUUCAACCAUUUUGAUUGCAUGUGUUUCUUCACAAUCGAUUACUGCCGGUUUGAACCAAAUUCCAAAUCAACCAAUUAUGUUUGCCGACGGUGUCAACAGAGUAGAAGAUGCAUUGAUUGCCUACACAUGGAGACAUUUCAUCAACAACACUGAUGAACCAAUCUGGUUGGCUCGUCUUCCAAUGACCAAGGCCGUCGUCAGAGCUAUGGAUGCCAUCCAAGAGUUUGGUAAGCAAGUACCAUUCCAAGUCGAUGGUUUUAUUAUUGCUGGUGCCUCAAAGAGAGGUUGGACCACUUGGACUACCGCAGCUGUUGACCCACGUGUCGUUGCCUGUGUACCAAUCGUUAUGCCAAUUCUCAAUAUGAUUCCAAACAUGUUGAACCAAUGGAGAGCCUAUGGAAACUGGAGUUUUGCUCUCAAUGAUUACACCAACGAAGGUGUCAUGUCAUUUAUUGACUCUCCACAAAUGGAGGCACUCGCUGGUGUAGUCGAUCCAUACACCUACUUGGAUCGUCUUACCAUGCCAAAGUACUUGAUCACCUCUGCUGGUGAUGAGUUCUUCCUCCCAGACUCUCCACAAUUCUUCUUUAACCAACUCAAGGGUGAGAAGCAUCUCCGUAUCGUUCCAAAUGCCGAACACUCUCUCGUCGGUCAUCAAACCGAUAUUAUCCUCUCGAUUGUCACCUUCCUCAAGAUGUUUUCAAACAACCAAACUCGUCCAGACUUUUCAUACCAAGUUGUCUACAACACCAACACCACUGCCACCAUCACAUUGACCCCAACUCCAGGUACACCAUUACCAACCAAGGUCAAGGUAUGGGAUGCUAGAACCGAGUCAACCACUCGUCGUGACUUCCGUCUCAUCACCUGUCAAGAUCCAACCAAGUGUAUCCAAUUCGUCAUCUGGGUGCCAACCGAUGUCCAACCAAACUCUCAAGGUACCUACAGUGUCACAUUGAGUGCACCACCAACUGGAUGGAGAGGUUUCUUCUUGGAAGCAUCCUAUGAAACCCAAAAUGGUAUCGAUGAUGAAUACACAUUAAAGUUCACAUCAGAAGUAGCUAUUGUUCCAAAUACCUUGCCAUAUCCAUCAUGUGCCCCUGAUUGUCCAAAUACUAUCGGUCAAUAG